AUGGCCCCAACGCUCCUAUACAAGAAUGCGCUGUCGUCGGCUGCAGACGUCGAGACCUGGGUAGCCGAAGGCCCCGUGAAAGCAACCACGAGCCCCAACGGCUCCUCAGUCGAGCUGACCUCGACCGGCGGCUGGGACGACCACUUUACCUUUUGGUGUCCAGAGGUGUUUCCGGACCGGAUCCGCAUCACGUGGGAGUUUGCGCCGGUGCAGGAACCUGGCUUGGCCAUGCUCUUUUUUGGCGCUUCUGCUGUUGCUUCCGUCCCAGAGGGAGGUGACAACAACGGCGGCAGUAUAUUUGGUGACGGCGUCAAGCCGCGCAACGGGGCGUAUCCCCAGUACCACUCGAGCGAUAUCCGCACCCUGCACGUGUCAUAUUUUCGGAGGCGGUGGGAAGACGAGAGGGCGUUUCAUACGUGUAACCUGCGCAAGAGUCCCGGGUUCCAUCUCGUGGCGCAGGGCGCGGAUCCGUUGCCGCCGGUUGUGGACGCCCGGGGCGCCUUUUACAGGAUCGAGGUCGUCAAGGACGGUCGGGACGUCAAGUUUGGGAUUGAAGGGCUGCCGCUUUUUAGCUGGACUGACGACGGCGACGACGCCAAGGAAAAUACUGGUCCCGUUGUUGGUGGCGGACGCAUUGGCUUUCGACAAAUGGCGCCAUUGGUUGCAAGAUAUAGGAAUUUAGAGGUUCAUUCUUUGGAUGAAGAGUAA